AUGCCGGCGCUCCGGCUACUAGGGCGCAAAUGGCUGGCUGCCUCAGACGAUCUCGUGUUUCCGAGUAUCUUCGAACUUCUUUUUCGAUUUGUUUGGCUAGUCCUCAUCGCCUUGGUGGUCGAAGUCCUAUACCCGAUAACAUGGCAGUGUCAGAGCGAUGGGUGGCACGGCGGGGCAUUUGUACGACUCUAUCUAUGCGGCACGCUGACUUUACAGGCGUGUCUCAUGCUGCUGCUGGCGGCACUAGCGCAGCAGUCAGCCAGAGGCACUAUUACUGAGACAGACGCUAGAAAGUUCGUCUCCCCUUUGCUUUUACUUAAGGUAUUUUUAGUGUUACCAGAAGUGGCUUUGAAUGUAAUGGGGACCAUGUGGAUGUUCUGUGAGGUCAUAGAGUGUUCCGUAUCGGAUACGUUUUCUAGUAUUGUUAUACAAAGUAUAGUUCUCUUCAAUUGGGUCCAACUGGGUCUAACGGUCUUUGGGUUAUUUAUGGUAUUUGAUCCCUUGGGAUCUGUUAACUAUGGAGAUAUGCAGGACACGCCUAACCAGGUCCGCCAUCAUAGAAAAGUAACAGGAUUGUGGUCACGACGGUUUAGAUGGGCCUUUUGUUGGUUGAAGAGGGAUGAACAUGGAAAAGAAGCGUUUCAACAAGUAGCAGCACUCCUCAGCGCUUUAUUCAGAUCGACGGACUUGGUUCCGUCCGACGUGGUCGCCGGGUGCGUUCUCCUGCGAGUGCGUCAGAAACGCGAAACUAGGGAGAUGCGCCGAAUACAAAUGUUGAACGACGAAGAACCAAUAUAUACGACUGACGUCAACAAAGUAUUCUCCGAAACGCCGCCUUGGAUGAAUUUGGACGAUGCAUUACAUUAUUUGAGGCUCUCGAUCGCUGCGUACGGAUGGCCAUACGUUUUAUACCGACAUUGCUUCACUGGUUUCUGUAAAUUGGCAAAGCAUUUGACUUGUUGCUGUUGUCGGCCAAAGAACUCAAUAGUGACGGACGACAAUUGCUGCUUGUGCCAUUUUGCCGGAGUCAAGUACAUGUCCAAGCUCUCUGCAGAUGACAUCAUCUUCGCCUCAUUCAACAAUCGGGUCUUUGAACUGCCAUUUUGCGUGAUAGCCGAUCACGAUAGGGAAAGUAUUGUCGUAGCGGUCAGAGGGUCCAUAUCAUUGAGGGACAUCUUUACGGAUUUCUCGGCCGGCUCCGAAAAAUUUGAGGCUGAUGGUUUACCAGAAGAUACAGUAGCGCACAAGGGUAUGUCGAUGGGUGCAGCCAAAAUGUUAAAACGUCUCAUGCCGGUAUUAGAUAGGACGUUUGCGCAAUUUCCACAUUACGACUUAAUUCUCACAGGACAUAGUCUUGGCGCUGGAGUAGCAGUAUUAGUAGCAUUAAAAUUAAGACCUAAAUAUCCGCACCUCAAAGUAUACGCAUUUUCAACACCAGCCGGUCUCAUUAGUAGGGAAGCAGCGCGAUUUACAGAAAGCUUCGUGAUGACGAUUGGAGUUGGAGAUGACCUGGUGAUGAGGCUCAGUGUCCACAGCAUAGAGAAUCUCCGAACUAAAGUUAUACAGACGAUACAUGCCACCAAAUUGCCAAAGUACCGCAUAAUGCUGAACGGUUUUGGGUACGCGCUGUUCGGCGUGCCGGCGCGCGACCUGGAGUCCACGUGGCGGCGGCCCGAGGAGCUGGAGGCGAGCCGCUCCGACGACUCCGACGCGCUGCUCGUGCAGGGCGUGUCCACCGUGAGUGCUGAGGCAGCGCUAGUGUCGCGCAAUGUAUUCGCGAGACGCUUCUCAUCAGCGCGGCUCUUCACCGCCGGCAGGAUCUUGCACAUCGUGCGACGAAAGCGCAUGGGAAUCGAAAACAAUGAUGCAGAUGAGGAACGGAAAGUGCGCACGCAAGAGCCGUCAUACGAAAUGCGAUGGGCGUGUCCCGAGGACUUCAUGGAGUUACAAGUGAUGCCCCGCAUGCUGUUGGACCACCUGCCGGAGAACGUGCACCGCACCAUACAGACCGUCUUAGAAGAAAAACACUCGUACAGAGUCACUCAAGUUGUU